GAGAUGUUGGUGCCAUGACAGCUUUGCUGAUGUUUGAAGCAGACUAAGGAAUUACACCAGGCAGUGAAUUAGCAGCCUCAAACACCAAUUUCAAGGCUUUUCCUGCUUCCCAACCAAACCAAGACAAUGAUCCGAAGAGUUCUGGAUCGUCCUUGCACGCUGGCAAUGCUCAUUGGCUUCCAGUUUGCAUUCAUGGCGUACUUUUCCUUUGGAGGCCUUUGGAACCUCACCUCCAUGUUUGGAAGAAUUUCGGAGCCCACCUUUGAUUACUCUCGAACACACGACGUGUACACUAACCUUUCAUUUCUACAGAUGCAGCCGCUUCCCAGGCUACAGGAAGGAGAGCUACCCCCAAGAUGCCCAGAAAGAUCUCCAUAUUUAGUGGGUCCAAUUGCUGUGAGCUUCAAUCGGGUUCCCACAUUUAAUGGUAUUCAAGAAAAGAACCCUCUCGUGACCAGAGGUGGCAGAUACCAACCCCCAAACUGCGAGGCACGACACCGCACUGCUGUAAUUAUACCCCACAGGAACAGAGAGACCCAUCUAAGGCACCUGCUCUAUUACCUUCACCCGUUCCUGCAGCGCCAGCAGCUUCAGUAUGGCAUAUAUGUGAUUCAUCAGUCUGGAAACUCUACGUUUAAUCGUGCCAAGCUGCUAAAUGUGGGUGUGAAGGAAGCUCUUCGGGACGAGGAUUGGAACUGUCUGUUCCUUCAUGAUGUGGAUCUCAUCCCAGAGAAUGACCAUAAUCUGUACGUGUGUGACCAUUGGAGUCCGAAGCAUGCUUCUGUCGCCAUGAACAAGUUCAGCUACAACCUUCCAUACCAGCAAUAUUUUGGGGGCGUUUCUGCUCUUACCCCUGACCAGUAUAUGAAGAUGAACGGUUUUCCUAAUGAGUACUGGGGGUGGGGAGGUGAGGAUGACGACAUUGCAGCAAGAGUUCGACUGGCUGGCAUGAAGAUAUCGAGGCCACCAAUAUCUGUGGGCCACUAUAAAAUGGUGAAACACAAGGGUGACCGGGGAAACGAGGAAAACCCACAUAGGUUUGAUCUGCUAAUACGAACACAAAGAAUGUGGACCCAGGAUGGUAUGAAUUCUUUAAGCUACACACUGCUGUCCAGAGAACGAGAACCACUUUACACUAAUAUCACUGUGGAUAUAGGUGUGGACCCUAGAGCUAAAAAACCAGUAAGGAUGCGUGGUCCUACACCUCCACCAGCAAGUUAUUACAGCAACAGCACCCAGAGCAACUCAGCGGUUAGCAGAGCUACGACUCAGUCUCAGGUACAAGCCAAUAAAUCGGAAGAAUUAUUAUCUAAAGAGGAAAAGGUAACAUCAGUGCUAGGCCAGAUACGAGAGGCAGCAGAACAAUCUCCAGACGAAAAGCUUAAAAAGAGGCUAGAUAACAAAAAAAAAGGCGUGAUGAAUAGUCUCUUGAGUGACCAUACUGUUGGUCCCUCUGCAGUAUCCUUGGGGCAGCCUCAACCACAGGGAGCCAGAAAGAAGAGGAUGAGAAAUGACAUACAGGCACAGCACAGCAAACUCCAUCUGAAGGCAGCCAAAAAUCCAGUAGCAGAAAAUGGCAUUACAGAAGUUCUUACUGGUGGUCCCCAAGAGGACAUGCAAAAGGUGUCCUUAGAGCAGACCCUCCAAAAGAGAUCUUCUAUGCAACAUUCUGACAGGAAAUCAAACCAGCUAUGAGAGUUAGAAAACAUUGCUCGAUCUAAUGUGUUUUACUGAAGUGGACCAGUCCACCAGAAAUGAUUAGAGGGGCACUAUAGGGACCACUAUGUUCUCCUACCUAGACUGCAAUUUGGUCUGAGUGAGGAUCCUGUACUGUCCUAGAAAAUGUGUUGGUUGUCUCAGGAAGAAUUUGGAGAACAAAAUCAAAUCUGCUGUCAGAAACAUGAAUGUGUUGAGGGGGUGGCUAUUUGAGUUUGAGAACAUUUCUCUGUUAUUGGAUACUGUGAAUAUGUGAGUAGAAGGAAGGUCUGUUUCUGUGAAACACCUUCUUCCUGGUGCCUCUUGUGGAUAAAUAUUUGUGUGCCCAGUGCACUCUAGGUACCCAUCUCCAGAGAAUUCUGCAUCCUUUACCUUUUAUACAUCCAAAGUAGCAGCGGUUUUAGACAUGGCAUGCCACGUUUUUAAUCUGCAUUACAUGCUCUGUACUCCCAUCAUUUUUUUUUUAUGCAUUCACGUUAAAUCAGAGUGCCUCUGCAGAAGAUUUAAAAAAAAAAAAAAAAAGGAUUCACUGUGGAUAUUCCUAAAUUAUUUUGCAAUGAAAUGGCCAUGUGUGCCAUGUGUUCUCUGCCUUGUCGCUUAAUUAGCUACUGUUUACAGCCUGUCUCGCAGUAGUUCUGUUCUCUUGAUUUUACAAAGUGUACAUAUUCAUAAGGAUAUAUUUUUUUGAAGAAUAAUUUUAUGCUCCGUGCUGUGCGCCGAGUGUGGUUUUAACGAUAUUCUCAGGCUGCUGUCUUUAGGAGAUAAAAAAUUCUCUAACCUACAGUCAUUUUUUUGGUGUACAGCUUGAAAGACCAUUCUAAAUAAUGUUUGUGCAAGCCAGUAUUUAAAUCACAAGGUUUAAAGUAUUCAUGGUGCAUUUAGACCAAAUUUUCAACCAGACGUCUGCCUCUUUUAUUUCUGUUUUCUCACUGUAAUUUUAUAAGUAGUAUUUAAAAAGGCAGAAUCCAUCUCCAUUGGCAUGUAGCACUGAACCUGAUUAGGGUCCUCUGUUUUUUUUUUUAAUAAUAAUUUAAACUGAGAAAAUGGACUGAAAAACUGUGAUAAGAAAACCUCUGAAAUGAGAAAAUACAAAAGUAACCCGCUGGUUACAAACAGACCUUUAUCUUUACUUGCAGCUAUUCAUUUGUUUUCUUGUGGUACAUGCUAAAGCCUCAGGACUUCGACAUUAUGACAAUGUGUUUUAGAAGUUGUUAAUUAAAAACAAAUUGCAACUUGUUAAUUUAUUAAAUGUGAUAUGGGAAUUGCCUGA